UUUUCUAAAAUGCAGCUGUUCUGAAAUGCGAAUCCCAAUUCAGAAUUUUGGCCAAGAUUUUACAAGGAUUAGGGAUUAGCCUUAUAUCGAAGAACAUCUAGAAUUAGCAGAUGGCUUGAGGAUUCCUUUUAAACUACAAUUUUACUUAUAAAAGGAAUGAAAGAAGUUAAAGAUUAGGAUUAAAUAAUCUUCUUGUUGUAAAUACUUAGACUGACAUACUCAAGACCCUUGAAACUAUGGAGCCUUGGAUUCAAGCUCAGCUUUGAAUUAAAUCCUAUGACCGAUAAUGCUGCCCAUUGCAUACAUUUUAAAGUUUCAUAUAGAUGGAAAAGAAGAAGAUAGACCCAAAUUUCCUUGAAGCAUUGACCAAAGUAAAUGAAUUCUGGGAUGAGAUCCGUGAGAGUGAAAUCAAGAAGGAGGAGAUUCAGUUUGAUAAUGGCUAUAUUUUGUACUGCGAUCCAAUAAUGAGCAGAAUAAUCUAUCAAAGAUUUUGUAAAUAGCCAUCUUGAUGAAUAUAAAUUUGUAGGAGAUUACAGUCAUGUUUAGGAGCUUUUUAAAGUCGUCAAUGAUGUACCUUGGGACCAGAAGGCUAUGAUACACGAGCUAAACACAGAAGUAUCAAAAUUUGCUUCAUAUGAAUCCAAGUACAAAGUGCUUAACUCCAUUACAACAGAGUGCUGAGAUCCAGUUAUAAGUAGAGCUCUUUACAAAAGAGCAAGGAAGCUCUACAAAAAGGUAAAGAAGGAGUGCAAAGAAUUCAAGAGAUCAUAUUUUUAUUCAAUCCUGGGUGAAAGCUACUACAGAGAUCUCCCUUGUAGCCUUGAAAAUAUUAUAAAUACUCCUGGGAGUGUACUCAGCAAGGAGAAUAUAUCCUUGACUGGCAUGGGCAUUGCUUCAUAUGGAGAUAAAAUUUCUGCAGUUCAUAGAAGCCAUCAAGAAGUUCUUCAAAAGCUUAGGCACAAAAUCAAAGAGAAGGAAGAUACCACUAAAACUUUAGCUAAAAGAGAUAAAUAAAAUAAAUAAAAUAAAAACUCUUCUUUCAGCUAAAGAUGAUAUUAUAAAAGAGCUUGAAGUUGAAGCUGAAAAGUGGAAAGCAGAUUUCUUCAAAUUGAGACGCGAGGUCAAAAGAGGAAAAUAACGAUAUCGAUGAACUAUUCAAAGAAAAUCUUCAAAUCGAGCAAGAAAACCAAAGGUAUUUCUCUUUCUCUAACCCCUUCCUCUCUCACUACUAAAAUCGCCAAAACUCUCUUCCACAAGAGAGGCCCAUUCUGUUUUUUAUGCUAUAAUAUUCUUUGAAGGGGCUUAAGGCUCCGACUUGGGUGGGAAGACAGGGGAGAAUGAAGAUGGGGGGGAAGUAGUAGUAGAAUGGUGAAAUAAAACUAUGGUUAAGCUCGGAUUUGGACUUGUUGUAUAAAGCAGCAUUUUUAUUUUCUUUUCGAUUGAACUCAAAAAGUAAUCUUAAAAUUUAUGCAAACAAAUACAAAAUUUUAGCUUCGCCCUUUCUUUUUUCCCAUACUUCUCACUAAAUACACAACAUCAAUGCCUCAAAAACACCACUACUAUACCUUCCAAACCCAAAAUCUUCUCCAACUAUCCUAAAAUAUCCCAUCUACCACCAAAUUCCUCCAUCCCCAACCCCUUCCAUCCCACCCCAAUCUCUCCAAAAGCUACCACCUCCCCCACUUCCACACUCAACCACCAGUCUGUUCCUCUUCUACCUUCACUUUCACUAAUGACUGGGCUAAGAACAUGCAUAACCUGACCAAUAUUUAGGAUCAAAGGUAAAGUCAGAAGGAUAGGGGAACAACAGGGAUUAAGCUUAUACUUUUGCAUUCUUUAUGUAUUGUAGAUGAGAACAAUGCGUUGAUUGAUCAUGAGAAGGAGAAGACAACCGAUUUGUUAGGACUUGAGAGUGAUGGAAAUAGCUCGGAAAAGUCUUCCUCUGUAAAGAUGGAGAGUAUUCAUUUUGAAGAAUCGAAAUUUGAUGAUAGUAGCAUGAACGAUGACAAAUCAGAGUUAGGGUCCAUCUUUCCGAUCCAAGAUCUAAACCUUGAAGAAGUAGAAAAGAAAAAUGCUGAGGAAAAUGAGGAGGAAGAAGCCAACGAAGAGGAAAGCAUAGCAGUGGCUAUAAAUACUUAAUCUUC